UAAACUAUACAAAUCGAAUUUUAUUUCAAAAUGAAACUAUCAUAUUUUGAAUUCGUUUUUGCCUGCUCUAUUUUAUAUACAUUCCACUCAAAUGUGCUCAAUCCAAUGGCAACCGAAAUAAUGAAACUUGGAGCUUGCCCAGGCAACAUUAAAGGAUAUAAAGAUUUCAAAUUGGAAGAAUUAAAUGGAGUAUAUUCAGUUCUUGCUAUGUACUCAAAAGAUCGUUUAAUUCCACGCGAUUCAUGCUACAAAAUUCGUUUCAAACCAAUCAAUGAGGACGGAAGUGAAGUCAGAGUUGUAUGGAAAAGUGGACUACUACAGCUACCAAUAAAAUUUGACUUUUGGUUUGAAAAAAUAAGCAAGAAAAACGAAGAACAAUUCAAAAUAUUGGACAGUUUGACUGGCACUAUACUAUUAGGACAAGCCUUCAUAUUCGAAAAAAUAGGCAAUGAUACACUUUUAUUCUACUCUUGCAGACCUGGCUUCUUAUUCCACCACCAAGAAGUUUUGGUAUUAACAAAAAAUGAAACUAUAUCUUAUACUGCAGAAGAGAAUAAAAAGGUUGGACAAAUUCUAAAAGAACAUAAAUUAGACUAUGGUUAUUUGAAAGAUGUCGACCAAAAUCGUGAAUCAUGUGCCGAUUUGAUAAAAUCAUAUCUAUAA